AUGGCAAAAACUGUUGACAAAUUGGAUGAUUGGGAAGUUGUUAUUACAGAUGAUGACGGAAAGAUAGUUGACAUUGAUAAUACGAGAUCAAGAAGGAGAAGAAAUGCUCAUAACCAUAUACAUCUUGAGAAAAAAAUAGAUAAUCAGAUAAAAAAAUUGGAAUUCGGAACAAAUAUUAUAGUCAAAAACCGUAUAAGUGGAGGGCCUGAUAUCAUGUGCAUGAUAUACGAGAUUAGAAUGAGUACAACCAACAAUUACCUCGAAUUAUGGACUUUCAAAUACUGGAACGAAUCAAAUAUAGAUCCUCAAUGGUAUUUUAAAAAUUUGGAUCCCAAAGUAUUGGAAUUAAAUGAAACAAAUGAAUAUUAUCAAAAUUUAUUACAUAAAGAGCUAAGAGAUAACAAAAGACGAAUUUUUACAUUACAAUCAUAUGAAGUAAACCUGAAAGAUAUUAUCGGCUUUGUUGACGUGGUAAAGGGAUCAGAGUGGACUUCACAAUGCACCCCUGGUAAGACUUUCAUUGUGGACUAUAUGUGUAGUGCAAAUGGUAAAUGGUUUGCUCCAAUAGAUUUUAAGAAAGAAAUUGAACGGCUAAAGAAUAAAUCGACUAAGGAGAUAUUGGAGGGGUUUUCUUCUGUCUUAUCAGAAGAACCUGAACCUGAACCUAAAACCAAUGGAAAGAAAAAUGCUACUAUUAGAAAGACCACUAAUAAAAAGGUUUCAAAAAUUAUCAAGUCCAAGGAACCUGCUGACGAUGAGUCUAUGUUAGAAAAUACCGAUGAUGAGUCCAUCGGUGAUCUCUCAUCUGAAGAUGAAUAUAUUGAUCCUGAUGAAACAGCAAAUGCUGAAAAAUCUUUUGCCAACGAGAGUGAAGAAGAAGAAGAAGAAGAAGAUGAUGAUGAUGACGAAGACGAUGAAGAUGAAGUCGACGAAGAUGAAGAUAUUGAAUAUGAAAAACCUUCAAAAGGAAAAAGGAAGAGCCGAUCUGUAAAGAAGAAGGAACCUACAGAUUCUAAAAAACCAGCAAGAAAAAAGAAGAAGAUAACCAAAGCACAAUUAUACUCAACUCAGGUUCGUCGAUUUACAAAAAGAAAUGUCGUUAGGGCUAAGAAAAAGUAUACACCAUUUUCAAAACAAUAUAGAUCUAUUAAGGAUAUCCCUGAUUUAACCAAUUUUGGUGGUUUUAACAUGAAGAAUACAGAUGAAUAUUUUAAUAAAUUAGAAGACAAAUUAAACACUAAAUCGGAUCAUAAAAUAGUUGAAACCAUUUUCUCGAAGGUUAAGAAACAAUUAUAUUCUUCUCGUGGUAAGGAAGAAAUUGUAAAAUCGACGAAUUUCGGUGAAUAUUUACCUGCUCGUGAAAAUGAAUUUGCUUCAAUAUAUCUGAGUAUUUAUAGUGCUUUGGAAUCUGGGUCAUCGACUACUGUAUACAUCGCUGGUACGCCCGGUGUCGGGAAGACUUUAACCGUCAGAGAGGUUAUGAAAGAAUUACAACAUUCCGCUUCUCAAAAGGAACUACCACCAUUCCAAUACAUUGAAAUUAAUGGUCUUAAAAUGGUCAAACCAACAGAUAGUUACGAAGUGCUUUGGAGUAAAAUUUCAGGUGAUAAUUUGACUUGGGGGGCAGCAAUGGAGUCUCUUCAAUUUUAUUUUGAGAAAGUUCCUAAGGAUAAAAAACGUCCAAUAGUUGUACUUUUAGAUGAAUUAGAUGCAUUAAUCACCAAACAAGAAGAUAUAAUGUACAACUUCUUCAAUUGGACAUCAUACGAAAAUUCUAAACUGAUUGUGGUCGCAGUAGCAAAUACAAUGGAUUUACCAGAACGACAAUUAGGGAAUAAAGUAUCGUCAAGAAUCGGAUUCACCAGAAUUAUGUUCGCUGGUUAUACUCACGAAGAAUUAAAAUCUAUUAUCGAUUUAAGGCUACAGGGCUUAAAUGACACAUUUUUUUAUGUGGAUAAAGAUUCUGGCAAUGCCUAUCUUGCAGAUAAUUUUACAAUUGAUGAAAAAAAGGAUAAGCUUCCUUCUAAUCUGAAAAAAGUUAGAUUGAGAAUGAGCUCAGAUGCAAUUGAAAUUGCAUCUAGAAAAAUUGCCAGUGUCAGUGGUGAUGCCAGAAGAGCAUUGAAAGCAUGUAAAAGAGCUGCAGAAAUUGCGGAACAACACUAUAUGGCGGUACAAGGUUAUAAUUAUGAUGGCCAAGUUAUUGUCGAAUCAAAGGAAAAUGAAGAUGAUGUUGAGCUUCAAGAUACCGAAGAAGUUCAAUCAAAUGUUGAUGCAACGGCUGAUGGAUAUGAAACAGAGGUCGAUGAGAAUGGAAAUGAGUACGAAGUUCAAAUAGUUCGAAUCAACCAUAUUAUGAGAGCAUUGAAUGAAACAAUCAACACUAACAUAACGAAGUUUAUUAACAGAUGCUCGUUUACUACCAAACUAUUUCUUUUUGCAUUUUUGAAUUUAAUCAAGAAAACUGGGUAUGAAGAACAAAAUUUAGGUGAUGUUGUAGAUGAAAUCAAAUUGUUAAUCGAAGUGAAUGGUAAUAACAAAUUCGUAAUGAAAAUAACAGACGUCCUCUAUCCCAAGGAACUAGGUACCGAAGCACCGCAAUUACGAAUGAUAUCCUGGGAUUACAUAAUGUGUCGAUUAAUUGAGUCUGGUAUUAUUGUCAAACAGAAUUCUAAUAAUGAGCGCUAUUGUUCUAUCAAAUUAAAUGUUCCUUCAGACGAGGUAAAUAGGGCAGUAGAACAAGACGACCAUUUGAAGGAUUUCUGA